AUGGUGUGGAUCCAUGGAGGUGGAUUUGUGUCAGGCGGGGCGUCCAGCUACGAUGGAGUAGUUCUCUCAGCUCAUGAAAACGUGGUGGUGGUGACCAUUCAAUACCGCCUGGGCAUCUGGGGAUUCUUCAGCACAGGCGAUGAACACAGCCCUGGGAACUGGGGCAUCUUGGACCAGCUGGCUGCACUAUGUUGGCUCCAGGAUAACAUUGCAAACUUUGGAGGAGACCCGCGCUCAGUGACCAUCUUUGGAGAGUCAGCAGGAGGUUGGGGUGUCUCUAUUCUUGUGUUGUCUCCUUUGGCCAAGAACCUCUUCCACAGGGCCAUUUCUGAGAGCGGCGUGGUCUUCGGUAGAAACUUGGUCAAUAAGAACACCCAGGCUGUGAUUGAAGACAAUGUCUCCCUGUUUGUAGUGAUGGAUGGGGUGGUGCUGCCAAAGGCACCUGAAGAGAUCCUGGCUGAGAAGAGCUUCAACACGGUCCCCUACAUUGUGGGCAUCAACAAGCAAGAGUUUGGCUGGAUCAUUCCAACGAUGUUGGGCAAUCUCCUGUCUGAAGCCAGAAUAGAUGAGAAAAUGGCCAGUUCCCUCUUGUGGAAGAUCCAUUCUGACCUUAACAUCUCUGAGAAUAUGAUCCCAGCUAUCAUUGAGAAAUAUGCAGGAAGAACGGAUGACCCUGUCAAAAAGAGAGACUUUCUGCUGGAUUUGUUAGCUGAUGUAUUUUUUGGUAUCCCAUCUGUGCUCAUGUCCCGUGGCAUCAGAGAUGCCGGAGUUCCUACCUACAUGUAUGAGUUUGCAUAUUACCCAAGCUUCGUACUUAACAGCAGACCAAAGACGGUGCUAGGAGACCACGGGGAUGAAAUCUUCUCUGUAUUUGGAGCGCCAUUUCUAAAAGCUAUUGUCUCUUUACCGGAGGGCGCCUCAGAGGAGGAGACCAACCUCAGCAAGAUGGUGAUGAAAUUCUGGGCCAACUUUGCUGAAAAUGGGAACCCUAAUGGCGAAGGGCUGCCCCAUUGGCCAGAGUAUGACCAGAAGGAAGGAUAUCUGCAGAUUGGUGCCACCACCCAGCAAGCUCAGAGACUGAAAGGGGAGGAAGUGGCUUUCUGGAAUGAGCUCCUGGCUAAGAAGCUGCCUCAAGCAGAACAUACUGAACAGGCAUGAAUGGGAGGUUCUGCCGGUCACAGGACCAGGAGCCAA